CAAACUGUUGAGCACAUACCGGCCACGGUUAGAGAGUUAGCGGCCCUCGCUAGUGCUCACGUGGAUUGGCGUGAAACAGACACAGCACACGAGUUUCGUGUUGACCUUCCUGGGGCGAGGAAAGAGGAGGUGAAGGUGGUCGUGGAAGACGGCAAUAUUCUGCAGAUCAGCGGUGAGCGGACCGAGGAGGAGGAGGACAAAAACGACAAGUGGCACCGCAUUGAGAGGCGUCGUGGCAGCUUUGUUAGGCGGUUCCGCCUCCCGGAGAAUUUUAAACUGGAUGAGAUCAAGUGCACGCUUGAACAUGGAGUGUUAACAUUGACUGUGCCGAAGAAGGAGACCGAGCAGACUCCCAACAAUGUUAAAUUAAUACAUCGACGUGGUGUAGUGUACUGGCUCAAGGUUAAGGCAUGUCACCAAAAACCACGUUUAAUAGCUGUGAAUAGAGUGUUGUGA